CCAAAUCCAGCAGCAGCCCUCAGUAUGCGCUGGCAGCAGUGGUAACUGGAGAAGCGGACCAGUCCGUGGUGUUGGGACACAGGAGAGGGAUCAAAAAGACACAAACGAUGCAGGGGAACUGGAGGAUACUGUUUUCCCACAUGUGCUGCACCAGCUCCCUUCUCUUCUGGAUCACCGUUGGCUUGAAUGUGGUGGAGGUGGUGGGGUCCCAGCCAGGGAUUCCUCUGUCAGUUGUGAAGCUCUGGGCAUCAGCAUUUGGUGGAGAAAUCAAAUCUAUCUCUGCAAAAUAUUCCGGAUCUCAGCUACUGCAAAAGAAAUAUAAGGAAUUUGAGAAAUCAGUCCGAGUGGAGGAAAUUGAUGGCGUGAAACUGGUCAAAAACCUGGCUGUGAAGAUGGAGGAAAUGUUCCGGAGAAAAGCGGAGGCCACGAGGCGCCUAGUGGAGGCGGCAGAAGAGGCGCACCAUCAACAUGAGGAAAACCCCGACCUGCAGUAUGAGUAUUUCAACGCCGUGCUGAUCAACGAGGUGGACGAGGAGGGCAACAACGUGGAGCUGGGAGGGGAGUUCCUCCUGGAGCCCAAUGACCAUUUCAAUAACCUGUCGGUCAACCUGAGCCUCAGCGUGGUGCAGGUGCCCACCAACAUGUACAACAAAGAUCCUGACAUAGUGAAUGGGGUGUACUGGUCUGAGGCCCUAAAUAAAGUAUUUGUAGACAAUUUUGAAAGAGACCCCUCACUGAUUUGGCAGUACUUUGGGAGCGCAAAGGGUUUCUUCAGACAGUACCCUGGGGUAAAGUGGCAUCCAGAUGAGCACGGGGUCAUUGGGUUUGACUGCAGAAACAGAAAGUGGUACAUCAAGGCAGCCACGUCUCCUAAGGAUGUGGUGAUCUUAGUGGAUGUUAGUGGGAGCAUGAAAGGACUGAGGCUGACCAUUGCCAGACAGACUGUGUCCUCCAUAUUAGACACACUCGGAGACGACGAUUUCUUCAACAUCAUCGCAUAUAAUCAGGAGAUCCACUAUGUGGAGCCUUGUCUGAAUGGCACUCUGGUCCGGGCUGACAGAGCCAAUAAAGACCAUUUCCAGGAACAUCUGGAUAAACUGUUUGCCAAAGGGAUUGGGCUGCUGGGUGAGGCUCUGACCGAAGCUUUCACAAUUCUGAAUGAUUUCAACCAGACUGGACAUGGCAGCGUGUGCAGCCAGGCCAUUAUGCUUGUGACUGACGGGGCGACAGAAAUGUAUGACGACGUUUUUGAGAAGUACAAUUGGCCAGAUAGAAAGGUGCGUAUAUUCCCUUACCUGAUUGGACGAGAAUCUGCGUUUGCUGAUAACCUCAAAUGGAUGGCUUGUGCUAAUAAAGGGUAUUUCAGUCAGAUCUCCACUUUAGCUGAUGUCCAGGAGAAUGUGAUGAGGUAUCUUCAUGUCAUGAGUCGCCCAAAGGUUAUUGACCAUGAGCAUGACACAAUCUGGACUGAAGCUUACGUGGAUAGUGCACUUUCCCAGGCUCAUAAGCUGAACGAAAAAGCGGGUCCGAGUCUGAUGACCACAGUAGCCAUGCCUGUCUUCAGCACAAAAAAUGAAACAAAGAACCAGGGCAUUCUGCUGGGGGUUGUCGGAACAGACAUUCCUCUCCAGGAGCUCAUGAAGAUCAUCCCCAAACAUUUGUUAGGGAUCCACGGGUAUGCAUUUGCCAUCACGAACAAUGGCUACAUCCUGACACACCCGGACCUCAGGCCGCUGUAUCAGGAUGGUCAGAAGAGGAGGAAGCCCAACUACAGCAGUGUGGAUCUCUCUGAGGUGGAGUGGGAGGACAAAGAUGACAUUCUGCGCAACGCUAUGGUGAACAGGAGGACAGGGACUUUCUCUAUGGAGGUGAAGAAGACAGUGGAUAAAGGGAAGCGUGUCCUAAAAAUGCACAAUGACUAUUACUACACUGAUAUCAAAGGAACUCCUUUCAGUGUUGGAGUUGCUCUUUCCAGAGGCCAUGGCAAGUACUUUUUCAGAGGAAACGUAUCAGUUGAAGCAGGGCUCCAUGAUCUGGAACAGCCAGAUGUUGCGUUGGCAGAUGAAUGGACAUACUGCAACACAGACGAGCACCACGAGCACCGUCAUCUAACCCAGAUUCAAGCCAUCAAGCUCUUCCUUACUGGCCGCAGACCACACCUCAAAUGUGACAGAGAGCUGAUCCAGGAGGUAUUAUUUGAUGCUGUGGUCACAGCUCCACUGGAGGCCUAUUGGACUGGGCUGGCCCUCAACAAGUCCGAGAAUUCAGACAAAGGAGUGGAGAUCGCCUACUUGGGUACACGCACUGGCCUAUCGAGAACCAACCUGUUUGUUGCCCCUGAGCAGCUUUCCAAUCAAGAUUUCCUGACAGCGGAGGACAAGGAGGGUGUGUUCAAUGCUGAUCACUUCCCUCUUUGGUACAAGAGAGCAGCAGAGCAGGUUCCCGGGACGUUUGUUUACUCGAUCCCGUUCAGCUCAGCAUUCGAAAACAAGAGCGUGGUUUUGGCCAGCACUGCAAUUCAGCUCCUUGAUGACAGAAAGUCACCAAUUGUUGCUGCUGUAGGAAUCCAGAUGAAGCUGGAGUUCUUUCAGAGGAAGUUCUGGACUGCCUGCAGACAGUGUUCAUCUCUGGAUGGGAAGUGUAGCAUUAGCUGUGAUAAUGAGGACAUUAACUGUUACCUCAUCGACAACAAUGGCUUCAUUCUCGUCACAGAGGUCCAUUCUCAGACAGGGCUCUUCUUUGGAGAGGUGGAGGGUGCUGUUAUGAACAAACUUCUCCAAAUGGGAUCCUUUAAAAGGAUCACACUGUAUGAUUACCAGGCCCUCUGUAAAGAGUAUGCUGGGAGCAGUGACAGUGCACGCACUUUAUCAGAUCCCUUCUCUGUUGUCAAGUGGAUCUUGACUGAACUUGUAAUUUUUCUGCUGGAGUUUAAUCUCUACAGCUGGUGGAAUGUUGAUCUGUCUGUUAAAGCCCAAAGAUCACGGGGUAAAACCAUGAUGGUCCCAUGUGACACAGAGUAUCCUGCCUUUGUCUCUGAACGCACCAUCAAAGAAACAACAGGCAACAUUGACUGUGAGGGCUGCAUCAGAUCUUUUGUCAUACAGCAGAUUCCCAGCAGCAACCUCUUCAUGGUUGUUGUGGAUAACAAAUGUGACUGCAGCUCCACUCCUCCAGUAACCAUGGAUCCCAUCGAGAUCAUGUACAAUGAGUCACUGAAAUGUGACAGACUGAAGUUUCAGAAGGACAGGAAGAAGCCAGAGUCCUGUCAUCCUUUCCACCCUGAGGAAAAUGCCAUGGAGUGUGGCUCAGCAGCAGGCCUCUCCAGUCCACUCACAGCAGCACUGCUCCCCCUGUUGGUGGCUUUCCUCAGCAGGUGACCACAGCACUCGCCCCUAGAUCCAAAACUGGACGUCAGUAUGGACUAAAUCAGCUGCAGCACAUCAACAGCCAACAUGCUUGUGAACACACAGGGAAUACGGCUUGUAUGAAAACUUUGCUCAUAGCACUGCACCAAGAAGAAAUCCUUGUCCUGUGCAGUGAGGGAUUCACAUCAAUAAUUAAAAAAAAUGUUGCUGACUUGAGCAUAGAACUUAACAGAUCAUGUCACUGAUGAUUUGCCAUUUUUUCCUGAAUGUAUGUAGAAAUACAAUAUGGGAAACAAAAUAUGUUGCCAGUAAAAACAAAUGGAUAGGACCACAGGUUUUUUUCAAACAAUAAAAUUAAUCCUUUUUAAGAAGGGCAGUAGUCAAAUAAACAUCAUAUCUUUGUUUGUCAUGAGGGAGAUGUAACAUACAAAUAAACUGCAGAAUGUACAUUGCACUUUUGUUACAUUUGAAAAGAAUGAAAAGUGGUCUGAAUUGUUGGCAGCUGAAAAUGCUGAAAACAAGUGAUCUACUGUAGUGCUGUGAUUUUCUUUCCUCUAAAAUUUUAGCUGCUUUAUCUUGAUAACCUAGUUCUUUCUAUCAACAAUAAUAUGGAUCAUAUAAAACACCAGUGAGACAAAGACAAUGUUGAACUUGCUUUACUCUGCCACUCACUUCUUUAUCUUUUAUUUGUUUGAUGGUUGUUUGUUUUACAGUUGAAGACAUUUCAAAUAAGAUGCAUGUUGAAGACUAAAAAAUAUGUUUAAAGAAUAUCAUAUGGACAUAAACAGCCAUAACUGGCCCACAUACUCAUAACCACAAGUCUGACAAAGCUGAUAAAUAAAGAAAGAGAUAUUUUCCAUCA